CCCCCCUUCAAAAACGCGUAGCCGCCACCCCUGCUCAGCACCCAGGUAUACUCUGGAUAAGUACGGGAUUGACAACUACACGUUUUACAUUUAGAACUGCUGCUUUUAGAAAAUCGGAGGUCUUAGGAUGAUGACCUUUGUCAAGUACGCAGUGAGGGUACCAGCCCGACAAGGCGAUGCCAGACAACUGUGCUUUUGAAGAAUUCACAAUUGGAAUAAUAUUAUUAUUUUUAGGUGAACAAGUUAUUCAAGGACAUUUUAAAUUACUGGGGGAAAUACUUGUCUAGCCCAGAAUCUACUUAUGUUUUGACUGAUGAUCCACGUUCAGGGUGGUUUGGUACAGAUGCAAUGGAGGCAAUGCCAAAUUUCGUUAAAGAAUUUGAAUGCGACCCAAAAAAACCGCAUUAUGGUUACAAAUCAUGGGAUGAUUUCUUCGUGAGAAAAUAUCGUCCAGGAAUUCGUCCAGUCGAAGCUCCUGAUGAUGAUUAUGUUAUUGCAAAUGCCUGCGAGUCUGCACCUUUCAAGCUGGCGCGUGAAGUGUGCAAACGGGAUUGGUUCUGGAUCAAGAAUCAACAAUACUCGUUAGGUGAGCACGGUUAGAAAAUAAUAGAGAGUUCAAGUUCGACUUCCAAUACCAAUACCAAUACCGAUACCGAUGUUUUCACUUCCGUUCUCAUUUUGGUACCGGGAAUUUUAAAGCGUUAAGUUAUCACGACAGAUAAAGUGUAGAACACAUCUAUCGUCACCGAAAAUGUGCGGUAUACUAAACAGCAGCUGAGCUAAAAUUCCGACUAAAAUAUGACUCAGGUGAUGCUAAUAAACAAAUAGUUUACAUGUUUAUCGUAAAACUUAUGAAAUAUCCGAUUUAUAUGAGUUUAUCUUACAAUUCCCCCGACUUCCAAUACAAGGCCGACUUCGGUAGUGGUAACUUCCAAUACACUUAGCUUGUCCUCGUGCUUCUUGAGAGCAGAGAGCAUGCGCGUGACAUGUUAGUAUCGGUAUUGGUAUUGGAAGUCGAACUUAAACUCUCUAUUAAAUAUAAUCAGUGCCCUGCCAAUACAGCCGAGUUACGUUGCUAUCGAGGGGUGUAUUAUACUGCCACAAUCCUCGUACACUUCCUCCAAUAUGGCAAUAUCCAAAAAACAUCUUCUAAAAAAUACAAAAUUCUUGCCAAAAUUUGUCCAAAAAUUCCCAUAAAAUUCCUAAGAAUCCCAAAAUCUCUUUCAAAACCUCAUAGGAAUCCCCAAAUUCCGGAAAUGCAAUCAAAUUGCAUCAUCAAAAUACAAACAUGCCAAUGAGACAUUCUUCUGGACUAUGUGAAGAACAGUGCUAUCCACUGGCCAAUCAUGAUUAGCUGAGAAACAUUUUAUAUACAGCUAAUUUUCUAAACUGAUUAAAUGAUGGUCCCAUUAUGUUUUGUACGCUUAGAGUUUAAGAUUUAACGUACAGUUUAGGGUUUGCAAAUGAAUUAGCUGUAUAUAAAUAGAAAUCAUAAUAUGUACUAUACAAAAUUAUUAGAGCUUAAAGCGCCUACCAUUUUUCCUUGUGCGAAAUUUUUUUUGUAGCCUAACCACUUUCAUAUAUUUUUAAUAUUUCAAAUUGCACAGAUGCGGUAAGAACUACUUGUACAAACAUUUUUGCCCCCCCCCCCCUUUACCCUUGCACAAAAUAUCUGACUCCCUCUUUCCACCAGGCACCCCCUUCCCCUGUAAUUAAUGACCGUUCCUUCCCAAAAAUCACCGUAUUCUUAUUUCAGAGUAAUGCACCCUCGUCUGCUAUUGCAGGUCGAAGUAGGGUAUUUACUUGUUUGGUUGUCACAGUGCUUGAAAAUCCAUUUAAGUAAACUUUGGUUUCUCUUGUGCUUCGAUGGUUCUUUGACUUCUUCCCUGAUCAAAAAUUAACCCUUGGCUUGGUGAUUGGGUAAUCACCGAACCCGUGUCAACAUUAAAUAAAUCUCAAAAUUUUUUAGAUCACAUGCUCAACAAUCAUGAUUUGGCCGCGAAAUUUUAUGGUGGUACCGUCUACCAAGCCUUCCUCAGCGCGACCAGUUACCAUCGAUGGCAUAGUCCUGUCUCCGGUUUGAUUUUGAAAACAGAAGUGGUUGAUGGUUCUUAUUAUUCCCAAACCUACAACAUCCAAACUGAUGCCGCCUCACCCAAUGAAUCCCAAGCGUACCUCUGCCAGGUUGCUGCUCGAGGUAUUAUCUACAUCCUAGCUGAUAACCCUGAUAUUGGUCUCAUGGUUUUCGUCUCAAUCGGUAUGUCCGAAGUGUCUACCAACGAGAUUACCGUGAAAACUGGAGAUCAUGUUAAGAAGGGAGACGAGCUUGGAAUGUUUCAUUUUGGUGGCUCCACACAUUGCCUCGUGUUCCAGCCUCAUGUUCAUGUUGAUUUUGAUUUGCGUGGUCAAACACCUGGCACGGAUGAGAAAUUGUUUAAUAUUCCAGUUCGAUCGAAAAUUGCCGUCGUUAAAAAACCAAAAGGAGGUAAAUAACAUUGACUUGUCCACAAUUUCACAUAACGAUCUCCGAUGUAGACUUUAUAACAAUACACGAGGGACGAUUUAGUUAAUUUAGAAUGUAAAAGCGGACAGCUUAUCACAAGAACACUGGAGUAAUAUUAUCUAACCUUUGCUUAUUAAUUAGUACUCUAAAUAUUGCACUGUGAGUAGUUUAUCAGUUCAGUAUAUAUGAACAAUUAGCCACUAGUGGUUUGUAGUUUAUGAAUAAAUACAGCCUGCUGGUAUGUAUAAUCAUGGAUUUGUAUUAGUAAUCAAAUUAAUUUUUUGUUCUUUGUAAAUGUGGUUGUGUUAUGUAGCUCCUUCAAUAAGCGCUCGAUAGUUUAGUUGCAGCCCAAGGCUAGGGUAUUUAUUACGCUCGGGUAUUCACACCAUAGAAAAUAAUAGUUUUAGGGGAGUUACUAUUUUUAGACUUUUAGGGUUAGUGUUUGGAUUAGGG